AGUCGUUGUUGGCACUCGUUGAGCUGCCGUUCGAUAAUAAUAUAAUACUUUGUUAUCGGACACCGCCGCCGCGGACUCGUUGCAACGUAGGGUCGGUAAAUAACAUCAUGUACGCGUACGUACUCGCGGCGUCGCGUCGCGUCAACUCGAGGAUCUGCGUAACGACCAACGACGACGACUCGAGAAAUAACGAAGACCAAAGGGUAAACGACAAAAUGGCUGGGACGAGAAUAAUGAGUAAGAGUAGCAGCGCCGAGGAGGAGAAAGACUUCAAUCGCACCGGACUCAAAGUGGAUUAUGACAAAGCUUGCUACACUAGCCAACGAGCCCAAAAAGUCCCAGCUGGUCUGAUCAAUGUCGUCGGUCACAAUUGCAAGAGCCUCGAUUUGUCGUUCAACGAGCUCAGCUCGCUCGGCGCGCUACGAGAUUUCAUCGACCUGCAGCAACUCGUGCUCGACAACAAUUGCCUGAGAAAUCUUCGUAGUCUGCCUCCCUUGCCAAAUGUCACGACGCUCAGUCUCAACAAUAAUAAAAUAAUCGACGUAGAAUCGGCUCUCGAGCACAUCGCCCGUUGCUGUCCGAAGCUCGGUUACCUCAGCCUCCUGGGCAAUCCCGGGUAUCCAGCGGCUCUGACAUCGGCCGCCUGGGACGAAGCGGAUUACGAGCGAUUUCGCCUCUACGUAAUUCACACGCUGCCAGCUUGUCUGCGCUUUCUUGACUCGCGAGCCGUGACGCCGGAGGAGCGGCUUCGAGCCCGCGAACGAGGCCAUCUGUCGAGGACGGUGAGGCCGAGCGCCAACAAGACGUUCUCCUGUCGAAGCAAAGCCGAGGAGUUCGACGAGAUUUACUUUCGAGUGCAUUACACGCCGUUGCCUACUCAAACGAGAGAUGCUGGCGAUCUCAGAAGUACCUUCGGCAAGUGUCACUAUCGUUACUCGGGUAAACACUCGGAGGGCAAUCGUUACAUCCUCAACAGCGACUUGUGAACAAAAAAUAAUAAAGCAGCGUAUGAAGGGAAAGAACGAGAACGAUACAAUUGCACUUUGAUUCGAUCUUCUAUCGUGUGGUACCGAGGAAUACCUUCGCUCGGUAUUCUUUUCAUUACUUUUUUAUUUCAAAUAAAUCUUCAUCCCAAUUCACA